GUCCCCGAGGAGCUCCCGGAGUUCGAGUGGGGGCUGGAGGGACAAGCUUGGGGGCAGCAGCUCUUUGUCGAUGGGUCUGGCCGCCACUCGUCGUUCGUGGAGGUGCGCAGGUCGGAGCGGUACGGCGGCAUGCGACCCAUUCAGCUUGGGCGGCCACCAGUGCACGUGCUGUCAGACCACAUGUCGUUCGUGCAGGAGGUCCACGAGUGGCAGGGUAGGCACACCAGGCCGCGAGCUCAGCACGCGAUAGUUUGGCGGCAAAUCGCGGCGACGGUGGAGGGGAGCGGCGUGCCCAUGCCGACUGCAGAGAGGGUGCGGGCCAACCGCGAGCUGGAGGACGCCGUGCUGGCCGACGGCACGGCUUUCCGCUACGUCGGCAAUUUCUGGGCCGACGUCUUCGCCAAGAUGGGCUCGGCCAGCAUCAUGGUGUCGGAGGUGCACGUGCGGGCGUGCGAGAUCCAGCUGCGGGACGUUCGGGAGGCCAUGCGCCACGUGGCAUGGGCGGCUGAGCGCGCAGUGCGGCUUUCAGUUGGCGGGUCAGCUGCGGUCCCGCAGCAGGUAGCCAAGGUAGCCCAGGUGGGCAUGAAGGCACCAGAGUUGAGCAUCGUGGCCCACGACAUCAAGCAGCUCACCAACGGAGUGCUGAAGUGCGCGGUGUGCUACCGCUUCGCGACCACCAAGGCCUCGCUCCAAACUGUAUGCUGUUCGCCGUGCGAGCCGCCGACGGUGGGCGUCCGCCACGUCACGGAGACGGCGGGGUUCGCGAUCUGGUGCGCGGUCUGCGGCGCUUGGUCCAGCGAGCCGAAUCGGCUCUCACCCAAGUUCAGGGAUCCGUGCCGAGGGCCAUCCAAGGUGCCUAGGACGCGGCGGAAGGAGAAGGACGCAGUGAAGCAACUGCGGCGCGGGCUGCAUCCCAACACGCGGGUCGCGCUGGAGACUGGGAG